CGAAGGCUUUUAUCCCAAUGCUUGGGACAGACGCUAGUUUUGGGAGCAGGUUCAGAAGUUGGAGACUUCACACAGAUCAUGUUGCUAGUGAGCAUCAACAAAUAAACCUUAUCUUGAAGACAGUGUGCGCAGUGAAUGAAAUUAUAUGAGGGUUAUUUAACACUGUUGAUUUAUGCAGUAUUUAAGAUGAAGUAUUAAAAAGUCUUUAAAUAUUUUCAGGAAUGACACCAGACCUGGUCUUGUGCCAAAAAAUGUAGCAAGAAAAUUGCAGCAGGAGAAAAAAGAGAAGAUACUAAAUGAAAAAAAUAAAAUUAAACCAAAAAAGGUUAUAGAAGCAGAAAAAAGGGAGGAAGGUCUGCAAAAUGCAAUCAGCAGUGAAAACAAAGGUUUUGCAUUGUUAAAGAAAAUGGGUUAUAAACCAGGAGCAGGUAUUGGAAAAAAAGGUGAUGGCCGUGCAAACCCUAUUCCCAUUGAGGUCAAAGCUGACAGAAGUGGACUUGGCAGAAGUUCAGAAAUGAAGAGAAAACAAGCCGAAUCCCAGGCAUUGCAAGCCUUAAUGUUGCAAAAAAGAAUGCGGCAGGAGAAGGAAAUACAAGGCAAUUUCAGGACCAGAAUGAGCAGCAAGGUUGCAGAUAGACAUAUUGAAAGUGAUUUGCAUAAGAGUCAAAAAGUCUGUGAGCAAUUAGACUCUGAGAAGGGUUUAGAAAAACCGGCCGAACAGUUUUUCUGGCCUGUAGCAAGUUUACCUAAAAAAAAAACAUAUGACCUAGAGGAGGGAGAAGGUUAUAGUUUUGAGGUUCAGGAUCAAGAUGGAGAAGAACAGGAAGAGGAUGAAGAAGAUGAGUUGGAGCCUACAGCAAAACUGGAGAUUCUUACUCUGUAUUUGAGAAAUACACACAUGUAUUGUGUUUGGUGUGGAACUGCAUUUGAAGAUUCAGAUGACAUGAGAAUUAACUGUCCAGGCCCAUCUUCUGAAGCACAUAAAGAUUUCAUAUGACUGUCUAGAAAAUUACUUGUACCAUUUUGCCAUGUUUUACAAUUGAACGAAAGCAGAGUGCAAUGAGGCAGCUUAAUAACAUGCUUAAUGUGUUAAGAAAAUGACAGACUAAUUGUUUAAAACACAGAAGCAGGGAGGUGAAUCUGAAAACAAAUGGACAAAAAUGAGGACAUUUGUUGUGUAGGUAUCUUUUGGAUCAAGGACAUAUUUGUGAGAGCCUGUUUUAUUAAAGGGAUAACAACUGUUCGUAAGAUAUCCUUAUUUCACAAUAAAUACAUUGUAAACAACUCAUAGA